AAUUAAAUUUUAUCUGGAGUUCCCUUGCUGCUAAGUUUGAGAGGUCAUUUCUCAACAAUGCCCUCUGUUCUCUUCACUUUUCAUCAAAUCUCUUCUCUUCACUUCUCUUCUUUAGGACUAGAACAACCCCAAGACAACACAGCCACGCAAUAGCGCCGGUUAUUCUGCAACAAGGGCUCUCUAACACCAUUGAUACAAACAUAAAGAUCAAACUGGACCGUGUGCCUAACCAUUACCCACCCACAAACAAAAAACCUAAAACUCAGUUACCCACGGCCACCCACGACUGGACGAGUGACGACCCGUACCAUCCACCCCUCGCCGGCAUCUCUCGCUAGUCGCCACCCCUCACUGCUGCUCACUGAACGAAUCCUAAAAUCCCUAAAACUCAGUUCGUUGUUCGCCUAUUCGCACUUCGCAAACCCACUGCUGGCUGCUACUGCUGCUGCCGUGAACUGGUGAAUGUGAAAUCAAGGCCAUCAGGCCCAUCAACGCCGACGGCCCACCACCCAGCUUCAAUUCAACUUAGCUUCUAGCUCCAAAUCAAAAAUUGAGAACUAUCUUAAGUUGUGUGCAUGGCAUCCUGUGGUUCCGCUACCUUGCCUCUGAAGGAGCUGUCUUUAUUGUCUGCUGUUCCUAUUAGAACAUCAGGUUUUGCGUCUUGCUGCUUGACAUGUUGCCUCAAACCUUUCAAUCCCCAUUGCAAAGGAAUUUUCAAUUCUUAUGUCAUUCGUAAAUACUCAAAAGGAAGAGCUAGUGUGGCUGGCUCAGGGCACACUUCUGUAUAUUCAAAUGUUGGGGUAUGGGAAGAUCCUGAUGAUGGAAGUGGAAGUGACUAUGAUGAUGAAGAGCAGGAAUUUGGAGAAAACGAUCUAGAUUUUGAGAGUGACUGGGAAGAAGAAAAAGGCUCUCCAGUUGCCACAAUAGAUAAUAAACAAACAACACUCAAGUACAAGGAUGAGCUUGCAAAAGAGAUCGAACACCUUUUGGAACCAGAAGAAUGGAAAAUUUUGCAAAAUAAUCCAGCUCCAAAUUUUGAGAGGAUAUCAACUGCAAAUUGGUGCCCUCUUCACACCCUUGCAUUAUCUGGCCAAGUCCAUUUUCUUGACCAGCUACUUGAAAAGGGUGCCAGCAUUGAUCUUCAAGAUAAGAAUGGUCUUACUGCUCUCCAUGCCAGCAUUAUUGGUAAGAAGGAAGCUGUUAUUAGUCAUCUUUUGAGAAAAGGAGCAAAUCCUCAUAUAACAGACAAGGAUGGUGUGAGCACCCUUCAUUAUGCAGUACAAGUUAGUGCCAUUCAAACCGUGAAGCUAUUGAUUAAGUACGAUGUAGAUGUGAAUGCCUCAGACAAUGAGGGAUGGACCCCCUUACAUAUUGCCAUGCAAAGUAGAGACAGAGACAUUGCAAAAGUCCUGAUAAUUAAUGGUGCAGAUAAAUCAAGGAAAAAUAAGGAUGGAAAGACACCUUUGGAUCUGAGCUUAGCGUAUGGAAAAGACUUCAAAUCGUAUGAUCUAACAAAGUUGUUGAAGAUUGUAGUUGCCAACAGAGAUCGAUAAGUGUUGGAGAUGGACCUAAUUUUGUAAGUGUAGUAUAUGCCAACUAUUUUCGACGGUGUUAGAAUCUUCAUAGGAUAUUAAGGCUUAUUUUCCAUGUUCAUUCUCUAGAAGUUGAAUAAUUUAGAAUUAAAUUCCCUAUUUCUUUUUAAAAACGGAAUUAUGUUUUCUUUAUGCCUUCUUUUUCGCUUUCCUUUUUUAGUUCGGUACAAUGGGGUAUUUGGGCUAUUAUAGACUAUAUUAGUGUUUGAGUGCUGCUUAGCUAGUUUAGACAAGACAAACCAGAAGGCACCAGAUAUGGAUUUGAUUUAUGUGGUUUGUUUUGUAUGAGUGUGCAGUCAAAAUUCAACUUUGGAGGCAUUAAUUGCUCCAAAUUACAUUAUUCAGAGCAAGACUUUGACACCUCAAACACUCGUGUUGAAUCCUCCACACCCCUAAGUCCAACCUAGCUAUGGACUAUGGACAUUUCAACAUUUUAGUUUGGACCAAAAAAUGUAAUUUUCUUUUUAAAUUAAUGAGACUAAAUGAUUUGGACAGAAAA